AUGUUGUGUGCACAAAUUAAUUGGAGUAAUUCAAUUCUCACUCACUAGUCACUAUGGAAAUGCAUAGUAGUAUAAUUUUUUGCAUGUUCUUCCUUCCGUGGCUCUCCAUGGUUGGUGCUAAGGUUCCGGCAAUGAUCGCGUUCGGGGACUCGUCGGUUGAUGCUGGGAACAACAAUUACAUAGCAACGGUUGCUCGGAGCAAUUUCCAGCCAUAUGGGCGUGACUUUGUGGGUGGGAAGCCAACUGGGAGAUUCAGCAAUGGCCGAAUAGCAACAGAUUUCUUAUCCCAAGCCUUUGGAAUCAAACCAUACGUGCCCCCGUACUUGGAUCCUAAUCACAAUAUUUCACACUUCGCCACUGGGGUCUCCUUUGCUUCUGCUGCUACUGGCUAUGACAAUGCUACUUCAGAUGUGCUUUCUGUGAUACCAUUAUGGAAGCAGUUGGAGUACUAUAAAGGGUACCAAAAGAAACUGAGUGUGUAUCUUGGAGAAAGUAGGGCAAACGAGACCGUUGCCAAAGCAUUGCACAUAAUAAGUUUGGGAACAAAUGACUUCCUAGAGAAUUAUUUUGCAAUCCCUGGCAGGGCAUCUCAAUAUACACCAAGAGAGUAUCAAAAUUUUUUGGCUGGGAUAGCUGAGAAUUUCAUCUACAAACUUUAUGGUCUUGGUGCUAGGAAAAUAUCCUUAGGGGGUUUACCUCCCAUGGGGUGCUUGCCACUGGAGAGAACCACAAAUUUUGUUGGUGGUAAUGAAUGUGUGUCCAAUUACAAUAACAUUGCAUUGGAGUUCAAUGAUAAUCUCAGUAAGUUGACAACCAAACUGAAGAAGGACCUUCCUGGGAUCAGAUUGGUAUUUUCAAAUCCGUAUGAUAUUUUGUUGCAAAUUAUUAAAAGGCCCGCUCAGUAUGGGUUUCAGGUUACCUCAAUGGCAUGUUGUGCUACUGGAAUGUUUGAGAUGGGAUACGCAUGCAGCAGGGCAAGUUCUUUCAGUUGCAUAGAUGCUUCCAGAUAUGUAUUUUGGGACUCAUUCCAUCCAACGGAGAAAACUAAUGGUAUCAUUGCAAAGUACCUGGUGAAGAACGCUUUAGCUCAAUUUUUGCAUUAAAUAUUCCCAAUUUUAUGUAUUUAAUGUAAUGUCAUUAUGUAGCUUUGCUUAAUAGCUAGACUCUUUCAAUAAUAUCCAAAUCAGAAUUGUUUGAAAAUCACUAGCAAGAUGCGGGCUUAUUCGCUAAUUCUCACGAGUGAAAUUUUUA